AUGGUUUCACCAGCUAUAUUACCGACUCCCACAUCUACAUCUGUACCGUCACCACCAACAUCACCACCACCACAACGUUCUCACCCACCCUCAAAAUUACCACUAUCACUUUCUCCUCCAUCAAUACCAUCAAACUUAGAACUCGUUUUACCCGUGGCCCCGGAAAAAACGCCAAAACCGACGUCAACCAUUUGGCGACCAAAUAUCAAUCCCGAGAACACUGUCAAACUCAAGCGUACAGCGCAUGAUUUUCAUUAA